AUGGAGGACGAAGAGGCUAUCUGGGGCACUCUCUCGACCGAGGAGCACCGUUCAGUCUGGGAGGAGACCGAAUCAAAUUUCUGGUCCAAAUUUGCCCUGGAGCAGAAGGAGUGGCGCUCCGAGCAGGAACUGGAUUUCAACGAAGCCAGCGUCGAGCUACGCGCCGAGCUUACCAGCCUUACUGGUCAGCGGAAGCAGCUUACCGAGACCCAGGAGCGACUCAACGCGCAGCUGGCCAAGGUGGCAGGCGAUCUAAGGAAUGUGGUUGAGCAAUGCGACGCCAAGACACACGACCUGUCCGAGCUGGACCAAGCUUAUCGCAAGAGACUUGAGGAGCAGUCGCAGAAAUGGGAAGUCCAGCGGUUAACCAUGAAGCGUUUCUUCAAAGAGAAGCACGGCGGAUCGGUCCACAGCGAUGAUGAGGCUGAGGAGUCUGAGGAGGCUGAGGAUGAUGAGGAUGAACCCAUGAUUGAUCUCCCCGUUAUCGUGCAGCAGACAACUUCGCCUAGGGCCAUGGAAAAUGGGAAAAGGAGCCCCAAGCCAAUACCGAUGGUGGGGCACCGUGAAAAGAGGAGGAAGCACACCGAACCUCUCGUCAAUGUGAUUGAUAUCACCGGUCGUGUCAUUGGCCCUGUGGAGGUCAUCGAGCCAUGGAAUAAAUGGGUUAGCGCCAUUCUCAAACUGCCCAUCCAGCGCCCUGUCACCAUCCGCCCGGGACGACGCUUCACCGAUGAACAUUUGGCGACCAUCUACGACCGUAGCGAGUCCAAGGGUGUCAAGUGGCUCUCGUGCAUGAUCCAGGCGAUUGGACGGGUCCAGACCCAGAGGUGUGCGUCGUGUGAUAAGAACCAGGGAGUUUUUCAGCAGUGCAUCAUUGUCGGUGGCGACCUCUUACAGAAAUGCGGCAACUGUGAAUGGAAUAGACAGGGGUGCCAUGGCGCCUCUGGCGAGGGCAUCGAUUUCAAGAAGGCUGCUGAGCGCAUGGAGGAGAUCAGAAAGGCCAAGCAGGAGCAGAGGAACCUGAACGGCUCACCCGAAAUUACAAGGACAGAUGAGGCUUAUAAUAACAGACGUCUGGCCACGCAUCUUAAGGCCAUAUUUCCAUCGAGAGAAACGCCAGAGCCCAACGGAAUCGAUGAAGGAAAACUAGACCCAAAGCCGGCUGUGAAUGAAGGCAAGUCCCAGGCAGAAAGCCCCGCCAGCCCUGUUUGGCAAGCAACUCGAAGCAACCACCAGCCUGAGGAACCAGCAACCAACGGGUCUACGCCAUCCAGGAUUCUACCUAAUGGCUCUUCACCGGAUCUGAGCAAGAGGGAGUUUGCUCAAACCCCUCUGGCUCCAACACCCAGGGUUCCCCUCCCAUCAUCUGGAUUCACACCUGCAAAUCCUCACAGCCGACCAUCCUCUAGGCCACCUUCGAGACCACCUUCAAACGAUACCUCGACGCCAAAGGGAGGGUCGCUCGAACCAUCACCCCAGCCAUCGCUCCUACCGUCAUCUUACCCUGCUCACCCGAACGAGCCGUUGGAAGAAAUCAACAGGCACAAUCUGGUUUUGCGCCACGACGGCGAAGUGUACACACACCCCGACUGCAUGAUUGGUGUUCCAGUGGCAAAAAUUGACGAGAACCACCCUUACUGGGAUCGAACGUGGAAAGACAUCCGGGCAGAAGUGAAAGACUCGCGGGAGCGAUGGGUAGGAAAGCAAAAGGCUAUCCACCUGGCUGAGGCACGCAAGGAGUCGUGUGGGUCAUCCAAAUACCAAGCCGGCCGACAGAUUAACCGCGGUACCAAGAUCCUCGAGUUUCUCGACGAAGGCCCAAUCAGCCCCUAUCAGCUCCUGGCGAAGAAGCACAUGCACGCCAGCAAGGGAGGAAUUGCGUCAUACGACACCUUGUUCCGACUUUGCGACACCGUCUCAGAGCUCCAGAAGUACAAUAUUGGCAUCACACCCGUGGAAUGGAUUCGACAUCGGCUGCAUGAACUUCUGCAGGUUGAGGGCAAGUCGUUUAACCUACCUCGAACGAUGCAUGAUUUCUACCACGACCCGAAGCUCAGUGCUCUACGAACCAAGCACGGCUACAAGAACAUAGGGCGCCCGUCUGCCUCAAAGAGUGGCCGACAGAGUCUAGGCGCUACGACUCCCGGUGGCACACCCCAGGCUCUGAAAAAACGCAAGAGCAUGUUGCUCGAUUCUGAGACUACACCGGCUUCUUCCCGAGUCGCAUCGCCCACCCCAUCGUCCCAUGGCGGAGGACCUCGGAUUCACGAUUUGCUGAAUAGCCCGAAUGGCCCAGCUGUGAAGCGUCCUCGCACCCAGGAUGGCUCUGCGGGCUUCAACGAGAAACGGCUGUCUCCACUCAUUGAUAUGAGCGCUACCAAAGCCCUGUUGGGAGAGGAGACCUUCUUUAUUUCGCAAGUAAGGGAGCCUGGAUAUGAAUCACCACCCCACCUCCAUCUUUUCUGGAGGUUCUACCCUGUCCAAAGGUCACUACAACUUUGCGGUAUUCCAAAGGAGAACAGCGCUCAGCUUCAUCCACUCACUACGGGAAUGUCAUUGGGUGAUGUUCUGAGUGUCAGGUGGAGCCCAGAGUCGCUUUGCAUAUUGAUAAUGCGGAAGAGGGAGCUUUACGGUCCACCCGUUUUUGUGAAAACGCUCUGCUCGUUUCACGAAAAGGGCGCUCUUGAGCGCUUCCUCGAGUUUUGCAAAACUCAACGCCUUAACCUAAUUGCCUAUUCUAAAGCCGAAGUAGAGGUAGACUGGCCAAAGCCUUAG